CCUUUAUGUACACAUGGUACAGUCCAUUUGAACAGGAGACUGUAGUUAUCGUCACUACAGAGUUAAAGUUAUUUCCUUUGGCUUUUCACGUAGAAAAAUCCGAUUUAGCUUUAUUUCAUUAUGUCUGUUAUAAAGAAGGGAGAUUUAACCGACACUGAAAAAGAGCUCCUGGUGGUUAUUGCUGCAGGAAAUGUACAGGAAGCUUCAAGAUUGCUUGGCUCGAAGGAUGUCAGAGUGAACUGCCUGGAUGAGUAUGGCAUGACUCCUCUCAUGCAUGCUGCGUAUAAGGGCAAGGCAGAUAUGUGUAAGCUGCUGCUGCAACAUGGGGCAGACGUCAACUGCAAUGAGCAUGAGCACGGCUACACUGCUCUCAUGUUCGCAGGACUAUCGGGGAAGACUGAUAUCACAUGGAUGAUGUUAGAUGCUGGAGCAGAGACUGAUGUGGUGAACUCUGUAGGCAGAUCGGCAGCACAAAUGGCUGCUUUUGUAGGGCAGCACGACUGUGUGACCGUUAUCAAUAACUUCUUCUCCAGAAAGAGGCUCGACUACUACACAAAACUGCAGGGCUUAGAAAAAGAGCCAAAACUGCCUCCUAAACUGGCUGGACCUUUGCACAAAAUUAUCAUGAGCAUAAAUCUUAACCCUGUCAAGGUGGUGAUGCUGGUGAAGGAAAAUCCUCUACUCUUGGAUGUAGAGGCUCUUGAGAAGUGCCGUAAAGUGAUGGAGCUGAUCUGUGAGAAAUGUGUAAAGCAGCAGGACAUGAACGAGGUGCUGGCCAUGAAGAUGCACUACAUCAGUUGUGUUCUGCAGAAAUGUAGCGCCUUCCUCAAAGACCGGCAGGAUAAACUAGAUGGCUUAAUUAAGUGCCUACUAAAGGGGCGAGACAGCGACUGCUUCCCGGAGUUCCAAGAAAAAUUUAUCCGGGAGUGCAUCCGGAAAUUUCCUUACUGCGAUGCUACGCUACUCCAGCAGCUUGUCAGAAGUAUAGCUCCUGUGGAAAUAGGCAAUGACCCCACAGCUUUGUCAGUGCUCACCCAAGCUAUCACAGGGCAGGUGGGCUUCAUGGACGCUGAAUUCUGCACCACCUGUGGGGAGAAGGGAGCAGAAAAGAGGUGCUCCAUCUGCAAAAUGGUUAUCUAUUGCAACCAAGAUUGCCAGAAGAUGCACUGGUUCACCCAUAAGAAGAUCUGCAAGAAACUUCAGGAGCAGAGGCAGAAACAAGAGGCUGAAUCAGCCAAGCGACUAGAGAAACAGGCCAAAGACUCUGAGGAGAAGAAAGCACUGGAAGAGACGAGCAGCAGCAUGGAAAAUCUUGCUGUCGAGCAGAGGGAAGUUACCAGCACAUCAGAUGUUCAAAAAGAAACUGAGAGCACCGACCCCAUUCAGAUAUCUUCAGACUGAGUCAUGCGGAUUAAACAGAGACAACGUUAACCCCAGUCAUUUCCCAAAAUCGCUGUCAAGUCCUGCCUUAGCCAGAACACUAUGAUGUACAUGUCGUCCAAAAUCUGGGGACCUCCUGAACUUUUCUGUCAGAGGAAGGGUUUUUGGAGCGUGAAAUCUGAUGGAAAAGCUAACAAAGCUUUCAUCACAUGCACAGGCUUUCCGUCAACACGUGACACGUUUUAUUGUAGCGUUUGUUCUUUUAUAGCUAACGUUAUGUAUGUGGUCAUGUGCAUCAAUAUUAGAUUUAGUAAGGAGAGUAUAUAUUUAUGACAGUCAGUCUUAAGUUAAACCUUAUGUUGCUACAGUAGGUAAUAUUGCAUAUAGAGGAUAAAGAUGUUGAAGCCUUUGCCUUAAACCAUGUUGGCAAGUCUGUAGUUUUGUCUUGGAUGAAAGACAUUACACCGCUACAGUAGAUUUAAGAACAUGUCACUAAAAGUAUAAUUAUUUUACGGGUCGAGCUGAUUUACUGUAAGUCCUCGUGCUGCAUUUGCACGUCUUGCUUUUUCAGAAACCUCACAAGACAUGAAAAGUCCAAAUUUGAAUGUUAAAAUUAGUGUGACAUGUUCCCAUAAUGAAGAUUCAGGGACAAUAGAUAGCAGUUGCAUACUCAUGCUUGCUAUGUUUUAAUGACAGUUGUGUAGAAAUCACAAUUUGCAGUCAGUGUGUGUUAUCUGAAUUUGACAGUAAGGAUUUUGGCUGCAGUUGAACUGUGCUCCUCCAGGGGGUGCUGCUGAGCUCUUAUGCUGCUCCAGUCCAGAGUAGAGAACUGCAUGAUGGAUCUCUGCAUGGCCCUGCGCUCACAGAGGUCUUCAAUCUCAUCAAAUGGGCAUCUGAAAAUACCAACCAGGACUUCAUCAAUGUUUACUUUUUUACUGGUUCUAGAAAAAUCCAUGCUUAUUAAAAUGAGCUUUUCGAUGCCA